GCACCGCGAGCCGAAGGCGGCCUCCGCCCGGGUUCCGGACACGGCGGGCUUCCUUCACCCCCACGUGUGAUGUUAGAGUGCGGAGACCAGAAGUCCUCAGGGCUGAAUUGGAAGAGGAGCAAAGGCUUCUGAAAAAUCUUUGAAAGCCUCUCAAAAUACAUCCAGUGGUGUAUAAGCAGCUAGAAGACUUAGCUUGACAGAACUAAUUGGCUGCGUGAUUAGUUAUGCCAUUAAAUUCUAUCUAGAAGCUGAAGCAUCAUUUUCGAUAAGUGUGUGGAUAGAAUAAGAGGAUGGCCUUUCAAUUCAAUUUCAGUAUAGAAGAAGAUCUGGAAAAUAAAGUAGCACCCCUUGAUGAUGGAACUUUGACCCUGGAUUCGUCAUCAGUCCCAAAAAGUCAAAACGGAAAGCAGGACAGAAAGUCUUCUACAGAACUGUCGGGUGUGCCUGCGGAUUGCUUGUGGGACUGCUCCUCACUGGGAAAUGCAGCUUCCUCUGAAGACACUGACAGCCCACUUAGGACAACUGACAGGUCAGGUGACCCAGAAGCCUGUGAAAAACAGCCCUCCUUGAGAGCUGCUAAAGAACAUGCUAUGUCUCAAGAUUUUAAUCAAGUCUUAGAAAAUAAAGUUAUGGAAAGGUUGCCUGGUCCCCAGCAUGUUAACACAAAAGUAGUGAAAACCAUCUUGUUGAAAGAGAAAUUCCCCGGAGAAAACAUAGUUUCAGAAAGCUUUUCUUCGCAUUCUGAUCUGAUUCCAGGUGUUUAUGAAGGAGGCUUAAAAAUCUGGGAAUGUACCUUUGAUCUCCUGGCUUAUUUCACAAAGGGCAACUUGAAAUUUGCUGGACAAAAAGUGUUGGAUCUUGGCUGUGGAUCCGGAUUGCUUGGAAUAACUGCAUUGAAAGAAGGAGCUGGAGAAGUUCAUUUUCAAGAUUAUAACAGUUUGGUGAUUGAUGAAGUUACCUUACCUAAUGUAGUUGCUAACUUCCCUCUACAGGAUGACAGUAAUGGUGUAAAUGAGCCAGAUGAGAAAAGACAAAGGAAGUCAAAAGUAGCCCAAGAAAUACGUAAAUGCCGGUUAUUCUCUGGGGAGUGGUCUGAAUUUUGUAAGCUUGUAUUAAGUGAAAAACUGUUUGUGAAAUAUGACCUCAUUCUCACUUCAGAAACCAUUUAUAAUCCAGAUUAUUACAGCACUUUGCAUGAAACAUUUCUCAGACUGUUGAGUAGGAAUGGCCGGGUGCUUCUAGCAAGCAAGGCACAUUAUUUUGGUGUUGGUGGUGGCGUUCAUCUUUUUCAGAAAUUUGUAGAAGAAAGGGGUAUAUUUGAGACUAGAACCCUUGAAAUAAUUGAUGAGGGUCUCAAGAGAUUUCUAAUUGAAAUGACCUUUAAGCACCCCAGUUAAUAGACACCGAAUGGCCUAAUGAAAUAAACAGAACACUUUUUUUUUUUUUUUUUCUGAAAUUACGGUGUUUCUAUGAUCUUGCUUAUUGAAAUAAUAAGCCAAGUAUGGUAGCAGCCUUAGGUUUUCUGUGUAAAACUGCAAGUUUCCAUGAGAAUUUGAUGGAAUUCUUGAAUCACAAAAGUUCUUUCCCAUAGCACACAAGAGCCCACUAAUAAUGUACAAUCAGUGUGUAUUAAUUGAAAUAUAUGAAAAAAACUAAAAAUGUAUUUUCCCAUCUGUAAAACAGGGCUUGCAAUAGUAGCUCUAGGAUUCUUUAAAGAACAGGUUAAUGUUGGGUAUCAU